AUGCGUUUUUACAAUCCAUUAUAUACUCGAAAAUGGUCUAAAAUAUUUGCACCGUUUUCAACAUUUAUUGCUCAAUUAGGUAAACAAAUCGGUUUACAGCCAAUCUUAAAUAAAAAUACUAAUGAUGAUCUAUCGAUCGAUAUGGAUAGCAUGUCUAAUGGAUAUGUUACUAAAUCAAUUCAUGAUAAUGAAUCAAAUCCGUCCGUAAAUCUUCUAUCAACAUUUUUUUCAACUUUAUCGUUUCCAUUUCGACCUCGUACAUCAUCAAAACUUCCAUAUGGUAAAUUAUUACAUAAAUCUCGUUCAAAAGUAUCAAAAUAUUAUAAAAAACAACGAAAUGGUAAUAUAAAACAUCAUGAAACAAAUUCAAUCUAUCAUCAACUUAAUAUUCAUACAGUAAAUGAUGAAAAUAAUAAUCAAACAAAAAAUGAAUAUAAACAAAAUUCAGUUAUUAUUGAUCUAUUACCAUUACUAUCAUCACAAUCAAAUGAAUCAUUAAUUGAUGAUGAUGAUGAUGAAGAUAAUAAUUAUAAUAAAAAUAAUUCUAUAUUUACAACUGAACAUUAUAUAUGGUUAUUUGUUUUAACAAUACUUUAUUUUACUUGGUUUAUAUUUAUAACUGGAAUAUCAAUUAUACAUUUAAUUAUAUAUUUAGCUUUAAUAUCACUAUAUUUAUUAUCAGACCGCACAAGACGUCUUACAUUAGCUAUAAUGAUUUAUUUAACAUAUUUGUUUUUAUAUGAUGCAUUACAUUUAGUACCAAAUUAUACAGUAUCACAAGUUCAUAUAUAUGAUGUUUAUUUAAUAGAAAAAAAAUAUUUUGGUAUUUCUAUAAAUGGACAUACAAUGACGUUAAAUGAAUAUUUUAAAUUACAUCAUAUGCCUUUAUUAGAUAUUUUAACUGGCAUAUGUUAUCUUCAUUGGAUUCCUAUACCAAUAGCAUACAGCCUUUAUCUCUAUCGAUAUAAAAGCAAACGAGACUAUAUUGAUUUUGCAUUAACAUUUCUAUUAACGAAUAUUCUUGGCUUUAUUAUUUAUUACAUCGUACCAGCUGCACCACCAUGGUAUGUUGAAAUCUAUGGAUUUAAUAUGAAUAUGAAAGUUCCUGGUAAUCCAGCUGGUUUUAUGCAUUUUGAUAAGAUAACAGGACUACGCAUAUUUUCAUCAAUGUAUUCUAAAAAUGCGAAUGUUUUUGCUGCUAUACCAUCUUUACAUGCAGCUUAUCCAGUUAUAACUGUUCUUUAUGGUUCAUUAAGUAAAAGACUUUGGCUACAUAUAGGAUUUGUUUUAUUUACAUUAAGUGUUUGGUUUUCUGCUGUAUAUUCUGGACAUCAUUAUGUGAUAGAUGUUCUCGCUGGUGGUACAUGUGCAGUAAUAGCCUAUAUACUUUAUCAUCUUAUAUCUCGUAUACCAAUAAUAAAUCGAUUACUUGUUGCAUACAAAGCAUCUGUUUUUUGA